GCCGCCGGCCGCGCCCGCUCCCCAAAUACACCUUGGCGGCGCCGGGGAGCGGCGGCGCCUGCCCUGAGCCCCUCGGCGGGGCUGCGGCCGCGGGCACCCGCGCCAUGGGGCAGAAAUUUUUUCCUGUGGUGAUUUAUAGCUACCAAUAACCUUCUACAGUUGUUGCCUUAUCAACUUAUUAUUCUGGCAUCUUCUGCUCUUGUUAGUAAACACAGAGCUAAGUACUCCUAAUCUCAAGAGAGAGACUUCGUACAGUAUGUUCUGUACAAAACUGAAAGACUUGAAGAUCACAGGAGAAUGUCCUUUCUCCUUACUGACUCAAGGUCACAUUCCUGAGGAACAUGACAAGGACUGCACAGAAAACAGCUCUAGAGCAGCUUUGCCCAUCUGCAAAGAAGUCCAUGAAAAAGAUGGCCAAGGAAACCUGCCACAAAGGAAAACGAGCAGAAGCAGAGUGUACCUGCACACGCUAACGGAAAGCAUCUGCAAACUAAUAUUUCCUGAGUUUGAAAGGCUAAAUCUUGCACUGCAGAGAACACUUGCAAAACACAGAAUUAAAGAAACCAGAAAAACUGGUGAUAGAGAAGAUUUUGAAAAAAUAAUCAGUGAUCAUGCUAAUGCAGCAGGUGUUCCCGUGGAGUCUCUACGGGAAUCUCUUGGUGAAGAACUAUUCAAAAUAUGCUAUGAAGAGGAUGAACACAUAUUAGGGGUUAUUGGAGGCACCCUAAAGGACUUCUUGAAUAGUUUCACUACUCUGCUAAAGCAGAGUGGCCACAGCCAAGAAGCAGGAAAAAAGGACAGACUUGAAGAUGCCUCCAUAUUAUGCCUGGAGAAAGAUCAGGACUUCUUAAAUGUUUAUUAUUUCUUUCCUAAGAAAAUCACAAGUCUUAUUCUACCUGGUAUCAUUAAAGCAGCAGCUCAUAUUUUGUAUGAAACUGAGGUGGAAGUGAUGCUCAUGCCUCCUUGUUUCCAUAAUGACUGCACUGAAUUUGCUAAUCAGCCUUAUUUGCUGUAUUCUAUACAAGUCAAAAGUGCAAAACCUUCCUUAUCUCCAUGUAAACCACAGUCUUCACUUGUGAUUCCUGCCUCUGUGUUCUGUAAGACUUUCCCAUUUCAUUUUAUGUUUGACAAGGAUAUGUCAGUUCUUCAGAUUGGAAAUGGGAUAAGAAGACUUUUGACCAGGAGAGAAUUUCAAGCUAAGCCAAAUUUUGAAGAGUAUUUUGAAAUUCUUACCCCCAAAGUAAGCUGCACUUUUAGUGCAAUAAUGACCAUGCUAAAUAUGCAGUUUACUGUACGAGUUAGAAGAUGGGAAAAUACUGAUACAAAACCAUCCAUGGUAAUGGAUCUUAAAGGCCAAAUGAUCUAUAUUUUUGAAUCCAGUGCCAUUCUAUUUUUGGGAUCUCCCUGUGUGGACAGACUAGAAGAUUUUACAGGACGUGGAUUGUACCUCUCUGAUAUUCCCAUUCACAAUGCUUUAAGAGAUGUUGUUCUGAUAGGAGAGCAGGCCAGAGCCCAGGAUGGACUGAAGAAGAGGUUAGGAAAGCUAAAAGCAACCCUUGAGCAGGCCCAUCAAGCACUUGAAGAAGAGAAGAAGAAGACUGUAGAUCUUCUGUUUUCAAUUUUUCCUGGAGAGGUUGCUCAGCAGCUGUGGCAGGGACAAGUUGUACAAGCCAAAAAAUUUAAUAAUGUCACAAUGCUUUUUUCUGACAUUGUUGGAUUCACUGCCAUCUGUUCUCAAUGCUCACCUAUGCAGGUUAUCACCAUGCUUAAUGAGCUUUAUACUCGCUUUGAUUACCAGUGUGGAGAGCUAGAUGUCUACAAGGUUGAGACUAUUGGAGAUGCCUACUGUGUUGCUGGAGGCUUACACAAAGAAAGUGAAACACAUGCUGUUCAAAUAGCACUGAUGGCCCUGAAGAUGAUGGAACUGUCAGACGAGGUGGUGUCUCCCCAUGGAGAGCCUAUCAAGAUGCGUAUUGGCCUUCAUUCUGGAUCCGUCUUUGCUGGAGUUGUUGGGGUUAAAAUGCCUCGUUAUUGCCUUUUUGGAAAUAAUGUGACCCUUGCCAAUAAGUUUGAAUCUUGCAGUAUACCUAGAAAAAUAAAUGUUAGCCCAACAACUUACAGGUUGUUAAAGGAAUACCCAGGUUUUGUGUUCACACCACGCUCAAGGGAGGAGCUUCCACCAAAUUUUCCAAGUGAUAUUCCUGGAAUUUGCUAUUUUCUGGAUGCUUAUAUUCAAGGAACAAACUCACAGACUUGGUUUCAAAAGAGAGAUUUGGGAGAUGGCAAUGCCAAUUUUUUCGGUGAGGAAACAGGAAUAGACUAAAUUGUGCAUUCACAAGUGUAUAGAAUAAAUUUAUAAAUAUUUGGAUUUUUUUUUGGUAUAAAUUGAAAAUUUUUAAAACUGUAUGAAACAUGAAAGCACUUUAGAUUGUUAACACCUGAAAGCCAGUAUUAAAAUUUCAGGAAGUAUGUCACUGACUACUUUUUAUUUCUCCUUUGCAUAAGGAAUAUAACUGCUAAAGUAAUGUUGCAAUGUCACUGUUGGAAAUGCUACUAUAAACUGUAUUUUCCCUGUGGUAAUUUGUAAGUGCUACAGUUCUCUCUAUACUGAGAAUUCUAGAUGUAUUGUAUAUGCAGUUUGUCAGGAAAUGUAAUGUGCAAGUGAUGCAGCCACAUGCAGUGUUGUGAGCUGGUGCUUAUCAAUGACUAUGAAAAUGUAUUUUCUUAGAAAUUCCAUGAAAAAAAUUCCAUUAAAAUAUUGUCAUUGCCAUCACAUACUCCUUGCAGUGCAUCAUUUGGGCCCCAUCCUAGAAGGCUGCUGACCAUCUUCUCACACUGACUGGUCAAAGUAUGAGGGUGCUCAGCAUUUUCUGGAUCAGGCUGAUAAUUGUAGCUAAUAUACAUGCAUAGCAGAAUUGCUGCUUACUGUCUCAAGAACUUUAUUUUGUGUAUAAAAUUAAUAUAGAUUCAAACACUGUAUAAUCACAUACAUCUCUGUAAUCAUCAAACUCUUUUAGUUCUUAGGGUUUUUAAAGUACUUAAAAAUAAUAAUAUCCACUUGUUAUUAUGUAUUACAGCAAUAAAUGUUUUCUUUUUGUUGGCAUUUAAAUUUGAAAUGUUUUAACAGAAGUGUAAUAAAAUAUGCUUUGGAAUGUUUGCUUAGAAA